AUGAACUUCCUCAUCCCGCCUUUCCUUGUCCUCCUCACAUUCCUCCAGCUUACUGGAACGACGCGCGCAUCUGCCUUGACGACAGCCAUUGGCGCAAAUGAGCGACUAUGUUUCUUCGCUGACGUGGACAAGGCCGGCGAGAAGAUCGGGUUCUACUUUGCUGUCCAAGCCGGCGGCUCGUUCGACAUCGACUUUGACGUCAAAGACCCAGCCGAGAAGGUCAUCCUGGAUGGCGUCCGGGAACGGCAGGGCGACUACGUGCUGACGGCGAACACCAUCGGCGAAUAUGCGUUCUGCUUUGAGAACGACAUGUCCACGCUCACGGAGAAGCUCAUCGACUUUGACAUCAUGGUCGAGAGCGAGCCGCGAAGGGAGCCGCCAGCGAAGCCUGGCCAGAUCUCGGAGCACACGAGUGCGCUGGAGGAGAGCAUAUUCCGGCUGAACGGGAUGCUGCAGAACAUCAAGCGGACGCAGAAAUAUUUCCACACGCGCGAAAACCGAGGAUUUGACAUCGUCAAGUCGACACAAAACCGCCUAUUCUGGUAUGCCGUGUUCGAGUGUGCUGGUGUGAUCGGGAUGGCAUUCUUGCAGGUGUACAUUCUGCAGACAUUCUUCACGAAGACGGGGCGGAGGUACAAGGUCUGA